CUUUCCACUUUGGCUUUGUGUGAUCAUUUCAAGAUGAGUGAUUGUAUUCACGUGGCGAUCAGAGUACGUCCUCUCAUACAACGAGAGAACCGAGAAAAUUCAAACAUUCAGUGGGAUGUAAAGAAUAAAAAUGCCAUAUUCCAAAUAGAUAAAGAUGGAAACUGUGUACAGAAUGUACACUAUGUAUUCGAUCGGGUUUUUCAUAUGAAUGAAACCAACAUGGAUAUAUUUCAGGAAAUCUGUUCUCCAAUUAUAGAGUCUGUCAUGCAAGGAUUUAAUG